UUCAUCUUUUUUUACCCACACAAAUACACAUUUAUACUCUUUCCUUGACUCUUCCUGUUCCUUUCCUCCUUUCUUCUUUAUUUUUCAAACAACCUAGGCAAGCCAGCAACUUAAAAGGCAAGCAAGUAAUCUAACAAGCAUCCAAGUAAAAGUAUUCCAGUGUUGAGCACUUCAUCUCUCUCUUCAGGAAACAAACGAACGAACAAACAAAGGUCAUCUUCAUUCUCAUGUCUACCCCAAACAUCACGGCCGCAGCACGCGUCGGCGCAAUCGCAUUGAUUGGCGUCCUGGUAUAUUGGUACUGGGCAACUCCACCAAAGUCAGCCAAAACAGAGAAAAUAGCCAAAGACGCUAUUACUACAAUCACCGCGGCUAAAAGCACUUCAACUACAGACACUGAUGCCGAUAUACGAUCAAAUGACGACAAAAAAAAGUUUCCUCAGGAACCAAUUUCCUCACAGGACAAUGAUGAAAAGACUGCUUCUGCCGUCACUGCCGUUAUUGAGGCUAGCACCACUACUGAUGCUG